AUGUCGCAUCAAUUUCCUUCAGUCCUUCCCUGGGUUGAAUCUAAUUUUGAGGAUGUACAAGCGAUAAAUGACGCCUUCAAGAUGCAUCAUCUGGAUCAUGCUUCUCCGUCAGCCUUGAGCGUCACUGCCAGCAGCCCUCCUUCUACCUCUUCCACGUCCGCAGCGCCGGCUGGGGCGAGUCCACUGCCAGUUGACACUCCCAAAGUCUUGCCUUCUCCUGACAUUGAGAUGGCGACGGGGCCUUCAAGGAGAAAGACACGCGCCUUACAGAUGGACCAAUCCCCAUGGACCAUGAUUGAAGCCAGCCAGGAACCAAACGCAGACGAGCUUCAUCCGGAUCUUGACCGUACCAACAUCAUCCAUCUGUCCCGCAUCCUCGCGCUGAUGCAGUGUGGAUGGACCAUUACACGAGGCCGCGGCCCUCGCAACCACGAUUUCUGCCUUUGGUGUCGCGGACCAUUGACCGACCAUACUGAGCUUCUUGUCCACAGCUGCGACGCUGGCGGAAACACUAAGUGCAACAACGCCUGGCCUGCAAGCUGCUUCAUGACCAAUUUUCUCAAUCACGAGCUGAAGCAUAAUGGUGCGGGCAGAAAAUCCAUCUCGUGUCCCAUGUGUCGAGGCCUUAUCAUCCGUACCAAAAUUACAUUGGUGUCCCCUUCGGCACAGACAAGCGACUUCGAACCCCCUGAAAAGAACAAAGCUUAUCCUGCACUCAUCCGCAUAAUGUUUUUCAGCACGGAGAAUGCUCUACAGGAAGCCCAAACGAACACUAAGAGAGUUUUCGUCAUGGAACGAUCCGAAGUCGCCAAGUUAGCCAAGCUCGGUCGGAACAAGGUCUUAUUCAAGUGUUUGGACGCAAUGAUGCACUUUAAACGCUGUAACGAGCACUUGUUCGACUCAUGGCUGGCCAUCGAUUGUGGGGACAACGAAUAUCGCUUGACACCUCUAAUACAUCGUGCAAAAGACGAACCUGAUCCAUACUCUGGAACUAUUACUGCCUGCAGACAAAAUUGUGUCACGGCCGAGAAGCUGGAAGAGGAAGCCUCGAACAACGGUGGCUUGGUCAAGGUAGUUGCUACGUUCCGUCCAGACUUUGCUGAAGAGAUCAAGCAGAUGGUCACUGCAGGCAGGGAGGAGCUCUCGAAUUUCUUGACUCAAUGGAUGACCCAAGAACCAAAUGUGGAUGUCAGAGAGUCUCAACUCAAGGCCUAUUCCACAUCGCUCAAGGAUAUAUUCAACAUCGUCGACCCUUCUCACAGUCCACCUCGACCGAAGUUUCUAUCAGACCUCCAACCCGGUUUUCAUUUCCCUCCGGACAUGCAACCAGGGGGAAACGGACAGACGCCGCAAGACCAGGACCUUGAUGAGGAAGCCGUGGCUUCUACAGGUAUGAGCACGGAGGAUUCUGACGAAGACGAAGACGAGGACGAGGAUGACGAUGUCGAGGAGAGUCAAGAGGCCGAAGAGGGCGACGACGGAGAGGAAGGGCAUGGAAAUUGGGACAUGAUGUGA